AUGCAAGAAGUAAUCAGUAUAGCGGCUUCACAGUCCCUGGGUCACCUUGUAACUCAUCUUUACAACGUGCAAGAGUCGUACAUACCUUAUCUGAGGGAUGCAAAACUAACGCAUAAGAACGACGUAUAUCUUGAUCCCUCGAAGGUUAAUGGAAAAGUGAAUUACUAUCCCAGGUCAUUGAACAUUGAACUUAGUGGAGGUUACGGAUAUUUAAGCAAGUAUGCCUUCCAGCAAGCUGAAGCAGACCUAUCUGCGUUUCAAAGCGUCAAAAUUGAGCAGAGGCCUCGAGUGAGGAAGAAUGAAUAUCAGGAGAGACUUGAUGAGGGCAAGGCGACCGACGCUCUGAUGCUCGACUUAGACAACACCCAAUACUGGACCGAUUACAAUAGAUUAAUUUACAAGCCAUCAUCACUUUUGACCAUUGACGAUUAUAAGAGUCCAGAAGGCUUCCAUAAACACUUCGAAAGACUUAAGUUCGACACCUUCAAUAUCGGUAGUGCUGAAUACAAACAGUACGAAGAUCAAGUUGAUGACGCUUUCAGGAAAUUGCUAGAAAGUCUGGAUAACAUCCAGGGCAUCAAUAUUUUUAGUGAGCUAGAUAACGCUUGGGGUGGUUUCUCGAGCGAGAUGUUGAUACAACUUAGAGAUGAAUAUUUUAACAACGGCGUGAGCAGCAAGUACAACAUUUGGUGCUACGGAAUAAGCUCUCCAGAGCUUCCAAAAUCGCAAACCUUGACCAGAAUUCGAUCUUUGAUUGAACUCUCGAAAAGCAGUUCACUAUUGUUCCCGCUUGGUCUUGACGCGAGCCUGAGUCUUCUAACGAACUCAUUUCGCAACAAUAGUAAGUGGCAUAGAGAGGCAGUUCAUGCAUUUUUCGUAAAUUCUAUAUGGUCUUUGUGCAACAGAAUGAAAGAUGGUGUAUCCAUGGCGGAGAUGGAGUCACACCUACUACGCGGUUUCGACAAAAGAAAUAUUGUCAAUGAAAUCAAAAUUCACGAAAACCCACAAAAAAAAGUUCUUGAUAUCAUUGAUGAUCCGAGGAUAAUAGAGGCCAUUCUUCGGGGUGAGCAGAUGCCGUCGCAAGAACCUGGAGAACUCUCCUUAAGUUUGAUGCCAAGCGUAUCGACGGCGAAGCCGUUCUUCAAUCAGUACAUCCUACCGGCAGAUGAAGAAAAAGAGCUUUGUGGUAAAAAGUAUGUGAAUUCAGAUAUACAAAAGAUCUGUCAUGUGGACUCCUUCCCAAAUGUUUUUACUACUGACAAUUUGUAUACUGAAUUUGGGCAAUCGACAGGUCUCAAGGAUUACCUAAAAGACUAUCGCAAGAUUGUGCAGAGAACCCGCUUUUCCAAGGAUAUCGAAAUUUUGGGAGAUAAGGAUGAACUCAUUGAAGACAUCUCCAAUCUUGUGGACGAGUACACACAAGGCUACGAUCUGGAUGAGGAGUCAGAUUGA